CCACAGGAAUCAUUCUCUUUCCUGUCCACUUUGGCCUGGGAAGCAUCUUCUCCUUUCCACCUACCUGUGCGUGAAGGUAGUGUUGUAGGCUUGGUGCAAUUCUUCCCACUACAUAGUUUUUUUAAAUUUCGAAAUUUAUAAAAUAAAAAAAAAAUUUGAAAUGAAAUACAUAUUCUCAAUUUUCCUGGUGGUGCAACUCUCCCUGUUUGCUGCGUCGAUGGCUCAGAUCACAUUUACUCGAGAAUGGGUCACCGGAAAGAGGAGUGCAGCGCCCAAGUUGAGAGUUUUGAUGCACGAUGAUAACAUCUGCAAAAGUCUUCUUCCAGCUAUAGACUAUUUAUUGGAGGUGGAGAAAAUCCAUCAAAAACUGUGUGGUCCGCCUCCAAAGUCAUACUCCGUUCCGGUGAUGCUAAAAAAGUUAACCCCAGUGUCAGACGUCCUAUCUUCCUCCAGUUCCGGGGAUCAAGGGUACGACGACGGGUAUGAUGGAGUUGCAUCAUCGCACAUGCAAAAAUCUACGUAACGAAGCACCAAACAAAUUGUCACUUGUACACAAAUAAUAAGCGUAUUGAUUUAAGGGUUUUAUCAACUCUGAACAAUAACGCAUGGUUUGGAACUUGUAAACAUGUUGUAAAUUGCAAUGUCACCAAAUGACCGGCGUGUACAAUUAAAGAUCUCCUCAAUCAGAGAAAUUUCUAUAAAAUGUGUAUAAUGUAUGGAUAGAUUUCAAUUUAUUCGUCACAAGACUUGUGAAUCUUCUGCAAGAAUGUAUGAAAUAUAAUUUAUAAUUCUGACGAGAAGUAGUUGCUCUUUUCUCCUUUGUCUCCUCUCUCUCAUGUGUUCUAUUCUAUGCCAUAAAAAAUCCUAAUGAAACGGCUCACUAACUUUUUGUGGUUUAACUGUAAAAUUUACUAAGCGAAUGAAAUAAAGCGAAAAUCUUUGACCACAGUUUAAA